AUGACUAUUGCUGCAUAUGCGUAUGAAACAAAUGAAGCAAGAAGAGCACAUGAACUAGUAAACGAAAACUCAACUUUAACCAUUGAAGGCAAUGAUUUAGUCAUUGACGAUGGAAAAACUAAAAAAGUCAUUGAUUUCGAUACUUUUAACACUUAUGACCCAUUCAUUACAACAAGCAAGGUUCCCAUCAUAAAUGAUGGAACGGUGCAAUAUAUAAAUUCUACAGUAGAUGCCUCAUUAGUGAAAGUAUUAAAUGUUCUCAUUGAAUUGUUAAAGAGCUUUCGAUUUGACGACAACAUUAAAUGCCUAAAGAAUUUAGUCAUGAAUGAGAAACAAAUUCUCGGCGUUGCUGGUAGCAGUAAUGAUGUACACCUUAUGACAUUAGAAUAUUAUAACGAACAUAAAGAUGAACUGAAAGGAGAGAAGGGUGACACCGGACCUCAAGGACCACAAGGAAUACAAGGAAUACAAGGAAUACAAGGAAUACAAGGACCUCAAGGCGAAAACGGUUUGGAUGGAAAGGAUGGAAAGGAUGGAAAAACUGCUAAAUCAUGGAUAUGGGACCUUAUAAAUACUGGUUUAACAGCUGCUUCAUAUGGAGUUCUUCAAUACCAAAUCGGAAAGAUAUGGGCGGUACUUGGUGAAGAAGUUUUAAAUGACGUUAAAAAUGCUUUGAACUUCAUUUCAAAUGGUUCGGAUACUAUUAAAACUUUAUCUGGUUGGAUGCAAGAAACAAGGAGUCAAAUAGAUACUGUAAGACGUAUAGCAAACAAUGCACGUACGGGAUUGGAUACUUUACGACAAGCACAAAAUACACUAAAGGAAGCAAAUGAUAUUCUUGGCUCAGUAUCAGACAUGCAUGAAGAUUGGCUUAAAGGUAUUGACAAAUCUUUAAAAAAUCACAGUCAGUCUAUUGCUGACUACAAGAAAAGUAUAGAUUUUUUACAUAGUGCUAUGGACGUACAUGAUGGAAGCAUAAGGAACUUACUUAAUGCUAACAAUAACUUACCAGGAACUAUUAAAGCAUUUAUAAAGUCCUUUGUAAAACCCGGUGCUCUAACAUUUAGGUCUUUGAGAGCAAGAGCAUUGAAGUCAAGAGAUGCAGAAACUCCAACAGAACCUACAGAAGGAACUGAAACAACAGAAACUCCAAAAGAACCACCAAAACCAACAGCUAAUGAAAUAUUGUUCGAAUAUUUUCCAAGGUACUCUGUUCUCAUUGCAUACAUUCAAGAAAUACUUAAGAAAGCAGACUUGACUUUAGGAGAUGAUGAAAGUUCUGUAUAUCUUUCGUUCCA